AUGCAAGCGUACGGACUUCUUUACGCUGCAAACGAUUCAAUGCCUGUUCCUUUACAAAAUGUUUCUGCCGAAGCAAACAUCGUUGAUAUGAUAGCUGAGGUUACGGUUUGUCAGACCUAUAAAAAUGUUGAACAUGACACAAUUGAAGCCAUCUACAGAUUUCCACUUUUUGAGGCCGCAGCUAUACGUGGAUUUGAAGCAGAAAUUGAUGGAAAUAGGAAUGUUAAAGGAAUAGUUAAAGAGGCUGAGCAAGCUGCAAAAGAAUAUGAUGAAGCCAUUCAGAAAUUGAAAAUGUUCGAUUUGUUUUUCCUACUGCUAGACCUUUCUAUUACAUGUAGAAUGAGUUCAGCCAUUCAAAGUAUCGAAUCACCAUCGCAUAACAUUUCAGUUGAGUUAAAUGUUGAUGGUAAUCCUAAUGUUUCAAGGAUUACUCUAAAAGACAAAAUUACUUAUUUGGAAAAAGAUUUUAUACUUGUUAUUAAAAGUUUGGGUCUUGAUCAGCCAAGGGCGUUUAUCGAAUACGAUUCAAUGACAGGAACUAAUUGUAUUAUGCUAACUUUAGUACCAAUAUUAUCUAUUAAUAUAAUUAAGACAGAAUUAAUUUUUGUGAUUGAUAGAUCUGGUUCAAUGCAGGGUGGACCUAUUAAGAAAGCAUCUAAUGCGCUCAAAUUGCUACUUCGUUCAUUACCCAAAGAUUGUUUCUUUAAUAUCAUAUCAUUUGGAUUUAACUUUGACCCUUUAUUUGAAAAGAGUCUCCCUUAUUCUGAAGAAACUUUAUCAAAAGCUCUUAAACAUGCUCAAGAAAUGUCAGCAAAUUAUGGUGGAACUGAAAUUUAUGCCCCUUUAAAAUGGGCUUUCGAAAAUUUGAGAAAUGAUAUGCCAACCUCUGUUUUUCUUCUUACUGAUGGUCAGGUUGACAAUGUUGAUCAAAUUAUUGAACUUGUUAAAUCUUGUGAAGAAAAGAAAAAGGAUAAUUUAAGGAUCUUUUCAAUAGGAAUUGGUGAUUCAGUUUCUUAUCAUUUAGUUGAAUCUGUUUCCCGAGUUGGUAAAGGAUACUCACAGUUUAUUACAAAUACUGAACGAAUGGAUAAAAAAAUUCUUGAAAUGUUGAAAAAUGCUAUAAAGCCUUCUAUUAAGGAUUAUAAUAUUACUUGGACCAAUCAGAAAUUUAGUUCUUUUAAUGAUAAUACUAUAUAUUCACCAGCCGAUCAAAACACCUUCAUUAAUACAAAAAUUCAGCAAGCACCAUUCUUAAUUCCACCAAUUUAUUCUGGUGUUCGGUUCAUAGUUUAUUGCUUAUUAGAAAAAGGCAUUGAAGCUCGCGAAGAAAUUACAUUGAUUGCAAUGUCUAAUGAUGGUCCAAUAAAGAUCUCUAUUCCAUUAGAUCCUGUAUUAUUAAAUGGAUCAACAAUACACGCACUUGCAGCUAGGAAACUUAUUCAAGAUCUUGAUGAUGGUACUUCAUUUAUUCAUAAGCAUCCAAGAAAUAAUGAAAAAAAUAUACCAGAUUCGUUUAUUAGAGAGCAAAUUGUGAAAUUAGGAACAAUCUAUAAUUUGGCUUCUAAACAUACUAGUUUCCUUGCAAUUGACGAAAGAGAUAAUAGAUCUGUUGCCGAAUCUAAAAAUCUUAGAAUUAUACCUACAAAAACUAAUGGCUUUUUUUAUAAUUACUUUAUUCGAAAGCCUAUAGAUAGUGUAAUUGUACAUGAUGAAUUAUAUGAUGAAGGUGAAUUUGUUUCAGAUGAUGAUCUACGCAUAGAUACUCUUUAUAGUUUUCUUGAAUUACAAUCAUAUGAUGGUUCUUUUUUGCCAACUACCAAAUUUUAUUCUUGGUUUGGUAAAAAAGAUUUUAAUGAUUUUUCAAUAAUUGGAAUUGAGAAUGAGAAAGUAUUAUGCUCAGCAUUGGCAAUAGCAUAUUUUGAAAUUGUAAUGUUUAAAGAAGUUAAGGAAGAAUGUGAAUUAAUUUAUGAAAAAACUAGAAAUGUUUUGACAGCUGAAGUUGUUGAUAAACAAAUUUUAACUGAAAUUUUGGAAAAAGCCAGAGAAUGGCUUGUAUUAUCACCAGGUACAUAUAUCUGA